AUGGACGGUGUCAAGAUUUCUGAGAAUCUUAUUUGCUGGAUAAUCAUCCGCCAUUUUUGUCCUUAUUCACUCCAAAUCUUAAAAUUACUUGGCAACAACGAAGUAGCCAAUCUAAUAACACAGAGACUGACAGAAACAAAGAAACUAAAGAAGAAGAAGAUGGCUAAACAUUCUUCACUAGCAAUAGAUUCAUGGAUAAGAGAAGCUCAAGAAAUGUCAAAAUUAGUAGAGGAUAUAGAAAUUAAGAUCAAGAACAAAGAUUUAGAACAAGAACACACCACCCGGCUUAAAGACAACGCUAAAUCCAAGGUUUUUGAAGUUGGAAUCAAGCUUGAUCGCCUUGAAUCACUUCUCCUUAAUCCACCUUCAAAGCCCAUCUUAACUAUUGAUGAUUUGGAAUUCAGAUGGAAUAUGAUAUCAGACUUCAGGCUGAGGACACGAGCACUGGCUGCUAGUCUCUAUACAUUGUCAUCUACAAAGAGGGAAAGAAGCUUGGCUGUUGGAAGUAACCAGAUCGAUAUACUAACCAACAGUGAUGAUCGGGAUGAUAUAAAGUCCUCCUUCUCCAAAGAUCAUCCAGAUAUGUUUGAACCUCUUAUUUCACAGGAUUCGGCCCAAACUCGAAUGCAGAUGAAACAAUCCGGUUCAUUUACUCUAAUGAGCAUCCUCAGGACGCUGGUUUGCACAAUCUGUUGGAUUCUCGUAGCAGCUGCGCUUCUGCUUCUUCUGAUCAUCGUUUGUGCGCUGAUAUAAUAUAUCUGCUCUCUUCCAAUAGAUGUACAGCUAGUGACGCAUCUAUUGUUGCUUCUUCACUACGUUCAACUUCGAGCUCUACAUGGUAGUUAUUUUGUUCAGAACAGUAGCUUAAAGUCUUAAACAUUUUACCUAUAUUUAAUCUUCUACAUUUAGUAGCCUUCAAAAAUCUUACUGGAGAAAGAUGCGGAAAUGAAAUGAUGGCGAUCCUAUCUGGCAUUUCUGCAAUUCAUUUCGAAUAAUCAAGAAAUAGAAGUGAAAAUAGAAAUUGAAGAUAAUAGAUUUACAGAGAUUGUCAGCAUACAGGAAAUUCUCGAUGACGAUUGGAUUGCUCGAGCAUGUGAAGAUAGAUACGAUUAAGGCUGGGAUAUGCAUGUCAGUAAGCAUAGAAAGAAAGAUACAUAAUUUUUCUGUAAAUAUUAAACAUAUAGUGAAAAGUGAAAUACAGUUUUAUGUGUAUAUAUAUAUAUAUGAUUCAUGAUUGUUUUCUUUAUUGAUUAUUUUAUAUUCUCAA